AUGAAGAGCACGACUUUUUUCUCUCUCUUUUUACUCUCUGCCUUCGCCACAUACCUUCCAUCAACCACCGUUGGUUUUGUGUUGGACACUGAUGGUAAUCCUGUUGUAAAUGGUGGCGUAUAUCAUAUAACGCCGACUGUUAGAGUAAUUGGAAACGGGGGUGGACCAGAAUUUGCCGCAACAGGAAACGAAACAUGCCCUUUAACAGUUGUCCAAAAUCCCUCUCCAUUCUCUAACGGCCUACCAGUACGUAUGUCAUCCCCAGCUAGAAUCCCUUUUAUCUCAGAAGGCCUUAAUUUGAACAUUGGGUUCCUUUUUGUACCCCCGUGUGCUUCCACUCCUUCAAUCUGGACUGUUGUGAAGGGUUUAGGAAAGAGACUCUCGGUUAAACUUACUGGGUACGACAACACUAUACCCGGUUGGUUUCGAAUUAAGACGUUUGGCUUUGGGAGCUACAGCCUCGUGUUCUGUCCUAAUCGUGGUACAUGUGGCUACGUCGGAAUUGAUAACAAGAGGCGAUUCGUGGUGACUAAGACUGAGGAGAGACGCUUACCGAUUCUGUUUAAGAGACUUUCAGAUGCAUCAACUGCAACUGCAACUGCAACUGCAACUGCAUGA